CCUUCAACAAUCCCACAGCUCAUUUGCAUGUGGAUUAUAGAUCUUUGUGAUGAGACCAACCUCAAGGGGGAGACUAAGGCCCCGGGUGACGUUCGGUCAAGCUAUUCUUACGCAAUGAAGAUGCGUGCAGCAGUGACCCAUGCCUACUCACGUAUUCCAACCCGGGGUACAACUCCCUGGCAUCAGGGUGAGGACGGUACAUGGAAGGGAAACCCAUCCAUGUCUGUGCUUGUUUCACGAUACAUGAUCUCGCUGCGUCGGCGAAAGACUCGGGCUGGACAUCAGACCCAAAGCUCUCGUGCUAUCACAUCUGGGGAUCUCGAGGCCAUGUACAAAUUCAACCAUCUUCCGCACAAUUGGGAGAUUAAGCCCUUGGCUCCAAAAUCCCGCACUGACACCCAAUCACUUGAUGAAUGGGCUGGUGGGCGCCUCCGA